UAUAUGAAACAUUUUGUGCGCUAUAAAAAGAUAAAAUGUGUCUAAAAGGAGGGUCCAAUUAAGUGUUAAUCAAUUGUAAAGAGUAUUGAAAAAAAGUUAGUAGUGAUUGCGAGUAUGGUGGAUCAAACAGGAGAUACGCUCAUUGAGAGUAAUAAUAGUAGUAGUAAUCUUAAUAAUCUUAAUAUUAGUGGUAAUGCUAGCCGAUACGAUUCUAAGGAAUUAAAGUCAUGGUUAAACAAAUCAAACUGUGGUCAAUAUUUUACCAAGUUUGUCGAUAAUGGUAUCACCAUGGAUUUAGUUCCUGAAUUGGACACGGAAGCAUUACGCGAAAUUGGGAUUAAUAAACUUGGAGAUAGAUUGAAAUUAGAGAUUGCCAUAUCGAGUUUGAAAACUGAAAUUUUGGCUAAUGGAAUAUCAGUAGAAGAUCUUUAUCGUGUAGCCAGUCUUCAUUUAGGUCAAAAGAUUGAUGUAUAUGAAUCGAAAUUAAUUGGUGGAACUGAUAGUCAAAUAGGUGAAGUUUCAAAUUCAAAUGAUUCAGGAACUUUACUGGUUAAUUCUAGUAAUAUAGUAGCUGCAUCAUCUAAUCCAUCACAACAUCCCAAUUCAAAAGAAUCUAAUAAGAAUGUUACAUUUAUAUUACAAGAUGGUUCAACUAAGAAAGUUAAUAUUACUGGAUGUUUUAAUGCACAAUCUAUUAAAAGAAAAAUGCUUAAGAAGAUUGGUAUUAAACUGAGGGAAACUGAAUAUGAUACUUAUGUUCAUUCAGGAAUUAAUAAUAAUAAUAAUCAAGAAUUUAAUAUAUUAUUUGAUGUGGAAUUAGUAACUAUUUGUUAUUCACCUGAUAGAUUAGAAAAACAUCGAAUUAUUCUUUGUCCUAAAAAUGAAUAUCCAACUGAAUUAGCAAUAGAAACUAGUAGAAAAAUCAUUGCAAAAUAUGAAAAGUAUGCUAAUUUAAGAUCUUUAACUCAUAAUAAUUUAAGUCAAUUUCAUAUUCCUGAUAAUAGAAAGACUGCUACAUCUCGUCCAACUUUAAGAAGUUUCUUUGGACAAAGACCUCCUAGUGAAUUAAUUUCAUCUAACUUGGCAGAAUAUUUCCCUGAUACUCAACAAAAAGAACUUGAACAAACAAUUAGAAAUUCAGUUAGAUAUAGUGUACGUCUUUCUAAACGAUUUAAUUUACCUGCUGGAAUGAUUGCUACUGGUAGUAAUUUAUCUGUAAAUAGAAGAGGAUCAAUUAUGAGUAAUCAAACUGGUCCACAUGCUAAUCCUACUAGAGCAGGAUCUAUUUCUUCAGGUGAUCAAUUUAAUGGAAGAAGACAAAAGGGAAGAACAAUUGGUGAUGUUAUGGUUGAUAAUAUUCGAGAAUUAGAUGAAGCUGUAAAUCCAAAUGAUGUUCUGUCGAUAUUUAGUAAACCACCUUCUGUUAAUUCUAAUGGAGCCAAUAACAAUAAUGAUGCUAAAUCAAUGGUUUCAACAACUUCAUCUAUGCAAAUACUUCAUAGAGCAUCUAUACCUGCAAGUUUUGCUGAACAAUCCAAUAAUAAUAACAAUAAUAAUAAUAGAUAUUCACGAAUUGAAUUAUUAAGUGUGGAUUCUGAUUCAGAUGAUGCUGACGAUGUGAUUGCUGAAUAUGGUAAUGAUUUUGAAGAUUAUGAUGAAGGUUACUUUAGUCAUACUGUUGGUUCACUUUCAGGUAAUGUACCUAAGAAUUGGUUAAAGGGUGCUAGAAUUGGAGCUGGUAGUUUUGGUACAGUUUAUUUAGGUAUGAAUUCAUUUACUGGAGAAGUAAUGGCAGUUAAGCAAGUUCCAUUACCUAAACUGAGUAAUGGAGAUGCAUCAGAACAACAAAAGAUGAUUGCUGAACAACAACGAGAAAUGAUGUUAUUAAGAGAAUUAAAUCAUGAAAAUAUUGUUAGAUAUUUUGGUGCAUCAGUUGAUGAAGAAAAUUUGAAUAUAUACUUGGAAUAUGUUCCUGGAGGUUCAGUUCAAUCUAUGUUACAAUCAUAUGGACCAUUUGAAGAACCAUUAAUUAGAAAUUUUAUACGACAAGUAUUAAUUGGAUUAAAUUAUUUACAUGGAGAAGAUAUUAUUCAUCGAGAUAUUAAAGGAGCUAAUAUAUUAAUUGAUAUUAAAGGUACUGUUAAAAUUGGAGAUUUUGGAAUUUCUAAGAAAGUAAAUAAUUUAGAAGAUGAAAUUGAAACUCAAAAGAGAACUGGUAAACGAGCUUCACUUCAAGGAUCAGUUUAUUGGAUGGCACCUGAAGUUGUUAAACAAACAGCUUAUACUAAAAAGGCUGAUAUUUGGUCAGUUGGUUGUUUAAUUAUUGAAAUGUUUACUGGUAAACAUCCAUUUCCUGAAUUUUCUCAAAUGCAAGCCAUAUUUAAAAUUGGAACUCAUAUAACUCCUCUUAUACCUGAAUGGUGUACACAAGAAGCUAAAGACUUUUUAGGUAGAACAUUUGAAUUAGAUUAUAAAAAGAGACCAAGUGCUGUUGAAUUAUUAUCUGAUUCAUUUUUAAAUCCUCUUAUAUUAUCUAAGCAAUAGGGCUAUAGUAAUAAAUUAGUAUUUAAUAUAUAUAUAUAUAUAUAACAU